AUGAACAGUUUGUUCCUUGUAGGAAUUAUUUUAAAUAUAAUAAAGUUAUACAUUGCACAAUAUGAGACGUGUGAUUUAUUUGAAAUCUGUUCUUCUAAUGCAACUGUUCAUCCAAGCGAGCUUUCAGGAAUUUAUUAUAUGAUCCAACAUGUUUCAAAAACAUUCUUUGUGGGAACAACUUGUGCUUACAUCAAUAUUUCUGCACCUGAGCAAGGCACAAUGCCUUUUAAGCAGCACUUUGCAAUUACCGAAGUUGUGGAUGGAAAACAGCGAGUUUCUGACGGACACUUUUACUCAAAUGAGACACAUAUUAAUACCGUUCAUACCGCUUUACAAAUUCCUACUGAUGGACGAUUCUUCUCCUUUAAUCCUGAUUACUUUGCUUACAUGAGUUGCCUAGAAUGUGGAUUUUUUAGAAGACAAGGAACAGGAGUAUUCAUGCAUGUUUGGUCCAGACUUGUUUAUCCCGAAUGCAUCGAUAUGGAUCCACUUAUUGCAUCUCUUAAUGCUUGUGGAAUACCAAGCUCUCUUUUGGUACACGUAGAUCAUACUAAUUGUGAAAAGAAAUGUUAA